UCCUCUACCCCUGGUACCUUGUUACCUUACCAGGAACAGCAGAACCAGGGAGGAGAGGAGGAGAGCACAGUAGGAAGUGGGGAGGAGGAGAAAGACACAGAUCACAGAGAUCCACCUGUCCUCAGUGGAGUCACAGCAACAACAGAAGACAUGGGACACACUCAGUCCCUGGAAGACGUGGCCAACUCAGAUCCCUCAGACACAGACCUGAAGGAGUGUCUCCAGGAAGGUAAGAGCUGUGUGGGGAGGGAAGCAGACAGCUGUCAGGAGGGCUGUUACACCGUUCACCCAGAGGACCAACAUGCAGACUGCUGUCAGGAGGGCUGUUACACUGUUCACCCAGAGGACCAACCUGCAGACAGUGAAUGGUUAACCACAACAGACUCUAUCCUCACCAGUAUGGGUCUGUCAGACUCUGACCCCUCUCCCCUGUCAGACCCUUCUACCCUGGACAAUGGACAGGACAUGCAGGAGGGUACAGCUGCCUCUGUGAGAUCAUGUCCUAUAGAGAUAGAGGGCCUCAGUGAGGGUGAACCUCCACUGGAACAAAGUAAUAAAACAGCUUCUGCUAGGGCUGGGGAGGGCUCUGGUGGCUCUGGUGGCUCCACAGAGGAACAGUUUCACCCCUCUGAGAAGGGCAGCCACGGGGCUCAGGAAACUGGACUACAUUCUGGGGACUGUGAUGAUAGAGAAAUGGGAGAUGCCUAUGGCCCUGUAGAAACAUCUAUGGACAAUGCAGCUGAGAUCUCAGCUAUCAGUGGCUCUAUGGACAGUACAGUAACAGCAGUAUUAAACUGUGGAGCGUUGCUGUUCUCAGGAAGUGGGCCUGCUGAUAGAGAAUCUGCUGAUACACCACCAGAACCCCUGUUAGAGCCUGAACCCCUGUUAGAGCCUACACCACCAGAACCCCUGUUAGAGCCUACACCACCAGAACCCCUGUUAGAGCCUACACCAACAGAACCCCUGUUAGAGCCUACACCACCAGAACCCUUGUUAGAGCCUACACCACCAGAACCCCUGUUAGAGCCUGAACCCCUGUUAGAGCCUACACCACCAGAACCCCUGUUAGAGCCUACACCACCAGAACCCCUGUUAGAGCCUACACCACCAGAACCCAUGUUAGAGCCUGAACCCCUGUUAGAACUUACACCAACAGAACCCCUGUUAGAGCCCGAACCCCUGUUAGAGCCUACACCACCAGAACCCCUGUUACAGCUUACACCACCAGAACCCCUGUUAGAGCCUACACCACCAGAACCCCUGUUAGAGACUACACCAACAGAACCCCUGUUAGACCCUGAACCCCUGUUAGAGCCCUACACACCAGAACCCCUGUUAGAGCCGACACUAGAGCCCUACAUACCAGAACCCCUAUUAGAGCUGACACUAGAGCCCGCAAUAGAGCAUCACUCAGAGUCCUCAUCAGAGCCUCAGUCAGAGCAGGUGUUCGAGGGGGAACUGCCACUAGAGGGCAGUUACAGACAGGGUGACAGAGAAGGUGAGAGACAGGAUGUCAGACAGGGCAAGCCCAUAGAGGCUGGUGACUCUGGCCUCAGAGCUGAGAUCAUGGAGGGUGUGUUAGGGUCAGAGGUAACAGAGGGGAGAGUGUCUGUACCUGCAGACCUCCAGACAGACCACCAGAAAGACUUGCAGGACAGUGAGCCCCCUCCAGAGGACAGGGAUGGGACUACCCCCAUGGAUGGAGACCUCCCGCCCCCAGAAACAGGCUCCAACUCUGGGGGAGCAUCUGGUGGGGCAGGUGGAGAGAAGGAUGGAGAGGAGGGUGGAGAGGGUGUAGAGAUGGAGAUAACGGCGGUCCUACAGAGACCUAGUGAGGCCCCCUCGGUUCUAGGGGAACACAUUGGAGACCCCUCUGACAGGACAGUGAAUCAGGAGUCCUGUGGCACCAGGGCGGAGGAGGGGUCAGGACACUCAGAAAGUCAACCUGCUACAGACCAAGCCCUCAACCUCAACCCCUCUGUAACCCUCGACUACUCUGUGACCCUAACCCUGACCCUUGACCCCUCUGUGACAUGGUCAGACUGUGGAGAUGGAGAUGAUGUCACUGCUGUAGUGGUGUCCACAUAUACAGGGGAUGUCCCACCUAACAGUCCAGUGUCACCUGAGAACAUACCUGAGAACCUACCCGAAAACCUACCCGAGAAUCUACCUGAGAAUCUAAAUGAGAACGCACCAGAGAAUGCACCUGAGAUCCUACCUGAGAUCCUACCUGAAAUUCUACCCGAGAACCUACCCGAGAAUCUACCUGAGAAUCUAAAUGAGAACGCACCAGAGAAUGCACCAGAGAACGCACCUGAGAUCCUACCUGAGAUCCUACCUGAGAACCUACCUGAGAACCUAACUGAGAACGCACCUGCGAACCUACCUGAGAUUCUACCUGAGAUUCUACCUGAGAUUCUACCUGAGAACGCACCUGAGAUCCCACCUGAGAUCCCACCUGAGAUCCAACCUGAGGACCUACCUGAAAACCUACCUGAGAUUCUAUCUGGGAACCUGCAUGAGAUCCUACCUGAGAAUCUACCUGAGAACCAAACAGAUGCUGUCUGUUCUGCAAGUCACCUUACUGUCCCUGUUGAAGACUGUCAGAGUGUGAGUAGUUUCAGCACUACUCUCCCAAAAGACUCAGACAGCGACACUGAGAGUGUCUUCAGCACAGGAGAGGACAGUGUUUUCAACAAGGGGGAUGAUACGGUGAUGGGGGACAGCACCAGUGAGGUGUCUGUAUCCUGUUCCUCCACAGAUGACACGGCCAGCGGGGGUCCGACCAGCUCCAGCCCAGAGAGCUGUGUGGAGGGGGGCCUGGGGGAGAGGGGCUGCAGGGACCACGGCCGCAGCUGGAGCCCUGUAGAGGGCCACACACAAGGGCCCACGGCAAGAGAAGGUCCAGGAGGAGAGGCAGAGGAAGAGGUGAAGGAGGUGCCACGGCGCCCAGCUAAACAUCGUCCCAGCAUCAGGUCUCUGUCCUCGUUCAGACGCCACAGCUGGGGAGCAGGGAAGAACACAGCAGGAAACGGAGACAUGAACCAAUGCAGGGCCACACAAAGUCCCGGGGAAGGAAAGCCAACGUUUCACAGGAGAAGCUACAGCCUGGAGGGUCUGAGUGAAGUAAGUGAUGAUGGGAAGUCGGCCCUGGGCGCCAUUACCCAGGAGGCCAGGCUGCGUGGAGUGGUCUGUCACCAGGGCAGCAACGAGGAGAGGGUCAGGUCUCUAGAAUCUCUGACAGAAGAACACCAAUCUGAGCUGGGGGUUCGUACCACGGAGCACGGACAGGUAAGUCAUUAUGGAUCUGCUACACAUAUAUCUGAGGAGGACAUAGAGGGUCCCCUGAGGACUGACUUAGAUGGGAAGAGUGGAACCAAGGUUAGCCGAACCUUCAGCUACCUCAAGAACAAGAUAUACAAGAAGACCAGGCAGCUAGCCAGUCGCUUUAACGGGCCAACAGCUUUAAUGACAGACCUCAGCAACGACCAGCAGCUAAGACAGACCUCAGCCACGACCAGCAGCUAA